AUGGCGCGCAUCUUGAACCACCGCAAUGUGAAUGGCGUCCGGACGAGUUACCUCGUUCGCUGGCGUGGCUAUCCACCGGCCUGGAACAGCUGGGAGCAUCGUGCCCAGCUGAUUGUUGAUGUCCUAAGUCUCUUCGAGCAGUAUGACAAGACCCAACCGCGUUCGAAGAAGGGCCGUCGGAAAACGACCACCCCGAACGUGAGUACAGGAAUUUCGAAGUGUCAAUCCCUUCGACCAUCUCAGAAGAGAUGCGCGCUCUCCAGUAGGGAUCAUUACGGAGGAAGGCCUCCCUAG